CAUGAGCCUUACUAUGUUAGCGAGGCACAGGAGUAUUGGUGCUGAAUGCAGAAAACUGUGGCUGUUUUGGGUGGGGGGAUAGGGGGCCUGUCUGCCGGUUACUAUCUCAGCAAGAGCCCACAGGUGUCUAAGGUGGUGCUAUUGGAGGGGGGCGCUAGGUGUGGAGGCUGGCUACACUCCACCCGCAGGGAAGAUGGAGCAGUGUUUGAACAUGGCCCAAGAGGGGUGCGACCAGCUGGGGCAGUGGGUCGCAACACGCUCAACUUGGUGUCUGAGCUGGGGCUGGAGAGUGAACUCUUGCCUGUCACGUAUGAUCAUUUGGCCUCGAAGAACCGUUUCCUCUAUGUGAAGGGAAAGCUACACAAAAUGCCAUCAAAUGUUAGCGCUUUGAUCCGGACGGUCCCUCCCUUUACUCGUCCGCUGCUGCUGAGUGGCAUGAGGGAGAUUCUGGUUCGAAAAGGAAAAGAGGAGGAUGAGUCCAUCCACGCGUUUGUGUCGAGGAGAUUGGGCACUGAGCUCGCUGACAUAGCAAUAGACAGCCUUUGCAGAGGUGUGUUUGCUGGGGACUGUCGAAAGCUGAGCGUGCGCUCCUGUUUCCCGCCCCUCUUCAAAGCAGAGAAGGCUAGGGGCUCCAUCAUACUGGGCAUGUUGCUUGGAUCAGGCGGCGGAUCUGACAUACCCCCAUCCGACUUGGCACGGCGAGCGGCUAAGGAGUCUUGGGCACAGUGGUCUCUGAGGAGGGGCAUGCAGAUGCUUCCAGAAGCCCUGGAGGACGUGCUGAAGAAGUCAGAGCGGGUAGAGCUCCACCAACACGCUCCUGUGAAGAACCUGAACACAACGGGAACAGGCUGGGAGAUCAAACUGGAGGAUGGAGCCACCGUGAAAGCUGAUCAUAUAAUUUCUGCACUACCAGCGACAGCUUUGGCCUCUGCACUGCCCUCUGCUGCCCAACCCUUGUCAGAGCUGCUGCGUGGGAUCUCCUCAGUGACUGUUGCCGUAGUGAACCUGGAGUACGAAGGUUCCAUUCUGCCUGUAACGGGCUUUGGGCACUUAGUGCCGUCCUCUGAGGAUCGAGGGCUCUUAGGCAUAGUGUAUGACUCCGUUCCCUUCCCACAACACAACCGCGCUGGGGAGACAACCACCACCAGGUUAACAGUGAUGAUGGGGGGGGCGUGGUUUGAGGAGGUGUUUGGGAGCCCAGAGGAGGUCACAGAGCAGAGACUGUUAGAGAGAGCUACCCAGGCUGUAAGCUCUCACCUUAGUGUUACUGCAACACCUGCGUGGAGCCUCGUCGCUUUACUCAAGGACUGCAUUCCUCAGUAUUAUUUGGGCCACUGGAAGAAACUGGAGGCGAUGAGACAAUUCAUCAGCGAUCACAACAUGCCCCUCACGUUGGCAGGGGCCUCCUACGACGGCGUCUCGGUCAACGAUGUUAUCUUCAGCGGACGGACAGCAGCAGAGGGUCUCGUGGGGAAGAUUUGAGGGGCAUUGUUGAAAAUCAUGAAUGUAGUCUCUUCAUUAUGACGGCACGCUUUGCUUUCGUUCAUGCGCCAGUCAGGUUUUUCAAACAGAUGAAGGACAAGUGCUCGCGUAAAAAUGACUCUAGAUUCCUUUUCAAAUGUGAAGCCUAUCUUUGCCAUGCCAGUAUUUGACACUGGAAGUUAUUCAUCUGAAGCGGGUGAGCCUCUUAUGGAAAAAAAAUAAAUCUUUUGUUCUGUGUAACUUACAUAAGUUAUUUGUAUGGCUUAGAACACCUGUCUCAACACUAACCUAUGCUCUGGUGAGGCUCACCAUCUUUAGUGUCCCUGGCCUGAACUCUCCAGAAUGAGCUUAGAUCAUGCAUAUGUAAUCAUUUAGCAGUUCUUUAAUUUAAGGUUACCUCUCUAAAAAUCUGCCCGAAUGACUCUAAAGGAACGCCCCAGGCUCAGAGAUGAGCAUUGUAAAGAGUGCCUUUUAAAUAUGUUGUAUCUCCUCAACUGCCUAGUCUGUGUGCCCAAAUAUGUGAUGAAAUGCUGAGUUUUGAGCAGUUACUCAUAGCUCAGGGCGCUAUAAUGGUGAGUAUGUUAAUCUCUUCUGUCUACUUUGGCGUUUGGAAACGGUGGACUACCAGGAUAAAGCUGUGCCCUGUGUUUUUGCUGUCUGUGCUUUUAGA